CCUACUGACGCUCUAUGAGCACGUGAGUAAUCCUGUGCUCACGUGACGACUACUUUUCAGUCAUGGCAGACGACUAUAGACGGCAAGGAAUUGAGUUGGAGAGACGAAUAUUUGAGCUGGACAUCAAGUGUUCCACUCUCAGAGCUGAAAAACAAGAUGACGACUAUUUGCAGAAUGCGUCUACCAUACUAGACAAGUUAAAAGGCUUUUACAGACAAGGUGCAGAGUGUAGCAACCUCUCCAAGCUUCUUCAGGAUUACACACAGGUGAUUCUUGACAUCACUUUUUAUGAAGAAAACCAACUGGUCGACCAGGAAUUCCCUGAAGACUGUUCACCUUUUAAAAUCCAGCAGCUUCUGCAAGACCUAACUGAGCCAGAAGUUUUGGUGGCGAGGCUUGCACCAGGACAAGAGGCUCAGUCUGUGUUGGGUACAGAGCUGCUGGAAUGCCUCUACUGGAGACGGGGAGCUCUGCUCUACAUGUACUGUCACACACUUCAUCAGCGAAAACAGUGGAUCAAGAAGAAUAAGGACACGUUCCUUGAGUGUAUUCAGGAAGGUGUUCGCUACCUGAUGCGGAUGCUGCAAGUGAGAAACUCUGUGAAGCUGAAUGACGGGGUGGUGCUCCAUGACAGCGCCACAGCAGGCAUGUUAUCUGAAGGCAUUUUCUCAGACACCCACCUGCUGACGAUGAUGUACAUCGGGGAAAUGUGUUUCUGGGCUGUCAAGUACGAGGACUGCGCUUCUGGCACUUCAGACCCCAAAGAAGAUUGCCUGCAGUUUCGGGACAUUGGUACACAGAUUCUAAACAAAUAUGUCCAUGCCUGUGAAGGCCCCCUGCAGGGCCAGGGCUGGAACACAGAAAAUGCCAAGGAAAUCCUUAGUAUUUUACAGUAAAACAAACUGCUCGUCUGUUGAAGCUGCCCUCGGGCACAGAGCUAAAUUCAGUAUUCAAAUGUGUCAAUCCCAUUUAUAAAAGAAACCCUUCAUAAGGGGGUUGUGAAGGAGAGGCACAGGCAGCAAGUGGAAGUGGAGAAAGGUGUCUGUGUGUGAGUGUCUGAAGGAAACUAAACCCUUUGAUGAAAGGCAGCAGACAAAGCAGAAUGAGAGGUUAGCAUGGGGAUAAGAAUGUAGGUGUGAAAUAAAAGCUAAAUGUUAGGCUGCUCAUUAACUGUUCUGCUGAUGAAGCAGUUAUCCUUCUGAUUCCAGACCGUUGCCUGGGGCGCUCGUUUUGUUCUAAGAAUGUGUUAUAAUAACAUUAAUAUUACUAUUCAGAGGAUAUUAUUUAAAAAAUGAAUGACCAUCUUUAAUUUUUGAUUUUUACAAGUUUAAGAGAAUCCAGCAGGAUGUCAGACAUUGCACAAUAACAUUAUAUUUAUUGUUUUGUUGCCAUUUUGUUACAUUUUAAUAUAUAACAGGGUGUUUACGAUCUAAACACGGUAGAAAAAAAUGAAGAAAAUCUGACGACCACAUGACUGCUUUUAAAUGUUUUAAAACUUGUUUUGUUUUUUCUUCUACUUUGCUUGAAUUAAAUUAGUGUAACAAUUGAGGAACUUGUUUGGGGGGAAAUACUUUUUUGUUUGUUUUUUAUGUCCCAGUUGAUAAUAAAUACAUGCUUUGUUUUAAGUAAAAUAA